GGGCGACGACAAGAUGGCGGCACCCGGCUUGCUGCGCGGGGCGUUCAGGCGGUUGUUCGCCGGGCUCUGGGGGAGCGGCUGGGUUUCACCACCGGCCAGAACCCUCCGGGAGGUCGUGGAAGUGACUGAAGGCAACACGACCAUAAUUGAAGGGAAAAUUAUAGAGGAUGUUGAAACACCAACGCCUCCUAACCCCUCUGGCCAGUGUCCUAUCUGUCGCUGGAACCUGAAGCAUAAGUAUGAUUAUGUGGAUGUCUUGCUCUUGAGCCAGUUCAUCCGUUCUGAUGGAGGGAUGCUGCCACGAAGGAUCACAGGCCUCUGUUUGGAGGAGCACAAGAAGAUUGCUGCCUGUGUGCAGAUGGCACACCGUGCAGGUUUGCUGCCAAACCACAGGCCUCUACUUCCUGAAGGACAUGUUCCCAGGAAACCCAAGUUGAACAGGUAUCUGACUCGCUGGUCCGUCAGAUCUGCAAAGCCCAUCUGGAAGAGGGGCCCUAAGUGGUGCAGAGUUCCCAUGCCGGUUGGAAACCUUCUUCUGAAGGAUAAUGUCAAAUAUAUAUACAAGCCGCUUUAUUACAACCACUAGAUUCCUGAACUGGCACAGUCAAUGAGCACAGCUGUUUUACACUGUUCUUCUUUUUUGUUUGCAAGUUUGCUGGUAUUUCCAAAUUCAAAAACUCUCAUUAGUGCUCUGUAUUGUCUCUGGUGAAUAAGCUGCGAUGUUCCUCAAGGAAAACACAGGAUUCAGCAAAGCAGAAUUCAAUGUUCAAAAUGAUUUUGGAGAAAGCAGGGGGCCAAGAUUCUACCUCAAAGGCAGGAAGGCUUCUUUGUCACUGUAGUCUACUGCUGGGCUUGGAAAGGUGGUUUCCUUCUUUCCCAGAAAUAAACGGUAAUUCCCCUUUA